AUGGAGCGCCUCGACGCGUGUCUGGAGGCGACUCUCUCGGGCGAUCCGAAUGUGCGAGCACACGCAGAACAUGCAUUGCAAACAGGCGCACUCUGCGCAAAUGAUCCGAACGGCGCAUUCGGUGUGCAACUAGCACAGAUACUCGCGCAAAGCAGCGCGCCGCUCUCCAUGCGCCAAGCCGCAGGCAUUGCGCUGAAAAAAUACAUCUACGAGCGGUGGUCUAUAUACUUUGAAACAUUUUUGCGCGACGCCAAAGCUGCAGAUGCCGCCGGCACCGGCGAAGCCAUCCCUGUGGAGACAAAGCAAGUCAUCCACUCACUUCUUCUCCAAGCGCUCGGUGACGCGACGAGAAAGGUAAGGCUUCUUGCCGCACAGCUGCUUUCGAUCGUGUGCCUGUGUGACUUCCCCGAUGAAUUUCAGGACCUGCUACCGGCGUUGAAGCGCAAGCUACAGGCGCACAGCGCGCCCGACGCCACCUUCCAGUUGGAAGGCGCACUCAAAUUCCUCUCCGAAUUUGUCCAGGUCGAGCUGGACGAGAACCAAUUGUUCGUAGUCUCGCGCGAGUUUGUGCCGCUCCUGCAAGAGAUUAUGGAUGUCAAUUCUAGCGUUCUCUCGCCGAUGAUCAAGGCGCAAAGUCUCUUGGUGUUUCGCGAGUGUCUUUUGAGUCUGUACAUGGUGCGGGGCACAUUCUCCGCCGUUGUCGAUCAGGCAGUAUUGCACUAUCUUCCCCCAUGGCUGCUUGCUAUGCUGCAGAUGCUUGACACGGCGUCCUUGGAUGCAACCUCACCCGAGUCGCUCGGUCUCCGCCGUGAAAUUUUUCGCACGCUUGGCGUCGCGAGCAAAUUCCGCAAACUAUUUUCCGAGCCGGGUCCUGCACUGCUCAGUGCAUGCAUCGCCAACCUUGAGGCGCUGCUCCCUGCAUUCACACAAUUCGAGUUGGAAGCCGAGCCGAAGAGCCUGCCUACCAUUGCGGAAGGCAGCGCCGACGUUGCGUGCGAUAUUCCCCAGCUUGCCAUGGCCGCAUUUACACUCUUUUCCGAAACGCUCGAGUCUGCGCCGAUGCGCGCUCUUUUGCUGGAAGGCGGCAGCGGCGGUGACGGCGAAUUAACGCGCCAAUGUGUCCAGCUUGUCCAGCUGACCAUCGCAUUUGCGCAAAUCACACGCGACGAUGAAGAGACGUUUGAAGACGAUCCCAGCGCUUUUGUACAGGAAGACGACGAGGAGAAUAUGCUAAUCACGCUGCGCACCUCGACGACGGACCUUGUAGACCAACUGCUCGAUGCCUACCCAUUGCCGGUCCUGCGCAUGCUUCCCAACAUUGUCGCACAGAUUGAGCAGCAAAGUAAUGCACACCACGGGCCGACAUGGUGGAAGCCCGUAGAAGCGCUUCUUAUGCUGCUUGGCGCUGUGCACCAUGCCAUCGAGGAUGUGCUGGACUCGACGUCGGCGCUGAAUCUGCUGCAUCCUUCGCACGUUGUCGAGCGACUGGUACUUCCCAACUUACACGCAAAUACGCCGCCUUUUCUCCGCGGCAGGUGCUUUGUAUUUGCCUCUCAGAACGCAGAGGCACUUGGCGAGACACUCGCACGCGAGGUAUUUGCCUCUGCACUGCACGUCAUCCAUGCGCACGAAGCGCCGCUCCACCUGAAACUGUCUGCCGUGCGUGCGGUUCGUAACUUUGGAAAUUUGACCCAGGUCAGUGUCGAGGAAGCGCGUGCCGUGCUCCAGUCGCUGGGGCCGCUGAUGCUGGAUGCGGCGGGAAGUCCACUGGUCCUCAUCAUGGACGCCGUCGAGUCGGCAAUUCCACGCGCCAAGUUCACUGACGGCGACGCACGUAUAUUGUACGAUAUCGCACGCGCAACAAUGACUUCGUGGCGUGCAAGCACGGCGGAUCCCCAGGUAGAGAUCUCUGUUGCUGCAUUGAUGGAGGCGCUUGUACAGAGCAAGGUCGAGGGCGUUGCAGCCGCAGCGGCACAGCUCGGGCUGCAGAGCGCGGCAAAUGCGCUACAGGAAGAUACAGAUUACACAGGACUUGGCGCGAGUGCUGCGUCACUUGCACGGAGUAUUUUGCAGGUGUGUGCCGCAGAAAUGGCGCCGCAGCUCAUUUCUUUAUUUUUUCCUCCCGCCGCGGCGUAUCUUCUGCGCACGGACGACAUGGAGGCUGCACAAAAUCUCUUGUACUGCGUAACUCUCUUGUGGCAAAAGGCACCCGGGGUGCUGCUUCAAUGGCACGACAGGCACACUGGUGCUCUGGACCUUAUCUUGCACAUUGUCCAGCGCCAGCUCACGUGGGAAGAUGAGGCUGCUUGUGGCAUGUCGCUUGGCACGCUGCUUACCACCAUGUUCCUCCAAUCUUCGCACGAUGCAUCUAUGCAAGCAUUGCAGGCAAUCAUGCCGGGGAUGAUUCGAGCGCUGGCAGAGAAGUUGGCUGUUGCGAGAAACAUCGAUUGUAUCUUGGGGAUCCUAUUCCCUUUGGCGUACCUCUUUGCCGAACACACAGAGGCUAUCCUUUCACUCUUGCAUGGGAUGCAGGUAGGCACCCAGAACGCACUCGUGCUUGUUGUGACGAAAUGGCUCGCAGACGUGGGUCACGUCGUUGGACCUGCGAUGCUUCGUGUGCACAUCCUGGGGCUUGGAAGACUUCUCGAGCACUGGCCGGCUGCAUUGGGGGAUGUUAGGGUGGAAGGUGCAUUACUGCCGAGCACGGGAGACGGUACGCGCUUUACAAUACUGACCGAAGCUAUCAUUACACGCUCGCGUGCAAAGUCUAUGCAGCUGUACGAGAUGAUCCCUGCGAAUGCAAAACUUGUGCAGCUGCUUGUCCAGGACUGGCAGCGAGCGGCGAUGCAGGACGAAGAGAAAUCGGCUUCGCCGAAACUCACUGCUGCUAUGCUUGCUAACGCUGAGGGCAAGGACGAUGACGAGUGGGAAUCGGACGAGGAAGCAACCGCGCGUGACGAGAUGCGGUCUAAAUUUCUAAAUGACUUGUACAAUACGGGCGUUCUCGAUGAUGACGAAGAAGAUGGAGGCGCCCUUGGACCGAUUGAAGCUUUGCCGCAGUUUUCGCACAUUGCGCAUAUGGACAAGGCGUUCCAAAACGCGCUUCCAGUGCUGUCUGCGGUGGAGCGCGACGCUGUGCAACUGCUUGGGCGGCUGCUUGCUGCACCCGAGCUCAUCGGAUCGAUACAUGUUCUCACACCGCCAGACGUCGAGCAUACAUGGGGCGCAAAGCGUAUGCGCACAUCGCCGGUAAAGUUCCUCGCCACGCAAAAGGGUGUUCCUGCAUUACACAUACCUCAUGGUGGGCUUGAUGCCCUUGUGCUUCCUGCGUCCAUUGCGACCUCACCCGCACCUUUACUUGUCACAGCCUCGUUUGGGCACCGCAUACCAUCUUCGCUACUCACAUGCUUCCACAAUGCGUCGCAGACGCUUAACCUACAUCCUUCACUUCUUCCACGUUUGCGCGGCGCGGCGCCAAUUCAGUGGGCAAUCGCGCGCGGUUAUUCAGAGACGGGCGUUUCUGUCCAGCAGCUGCACAACGAGCAUUUUGACAGGGGCGCAUUGCUUGCACAAGCCACUAUACGGAUACCCCCAGACAGUACGUACACAGCUAUGCUUCCGGUGCUUGCCGAGCACGGUGCGCAGCUUUUGACCGAUACAAUCGCACACCUGCCUGCACGCGACGCUUCGAAACUGCCCCAGGACGAUGCGCUUGCAACUCGCGCACCCAAGCUAAAGCGCGCGUAUACUACCGUGAAAUGGCACGUAUGGGAUGCAGACAUGCUGGAUGCACGCUUGCGUGGAUUCGGCGCAAUACAGCCACUCACCACAAUGCUAAUUCCGUCCAACCCAGCAUUUCCCAUGGUGGGCUGUGCUUUUUACCAAGGCAAGGCAAUGCAGACGUCGCUGCAGCUAGCCUCGCCACAAGCGUACCAAGCAUUGUACAAAUUUGACGCGCGGCCGGGGCACGCUACGUAUGCACCCGAAUUGGACGCGGUUGUGGUGCGGUGCACAAUGGCAGAUACACGGGAGAGUGUAUUUGCUAUCAAAAAACUGCAGACGCAAGGAAAGCCUGCGCGAAAUGCGGCGGAAUGGUGGCGCGGAUUCAGCGAUCGUGCGGAUACGCACGGGCGUAUCUUGUUCGCAGAAGGAGAUCCAUAA